GCGGGCGGGCGGGCGGUGGCGCGUCUGCGGCUCUGCGUCCUCCACCGCAGCGGCUUUAUUGUACUUUUCACAUUAUUUUUGCCUUUUUUUCUCGAGGAGUCCCGGGUGUAGUUUGGUUUUUUGGCUGGUUUUGGUUUUUUUUUUUUUUCCCCCUCUCUUCUGUUGUGGCCGGCCGGAGGGACUAAGGGGAGAUCAAUGAAGGAAAGAAGAGCGAGCCAGAAGUUAUCGAGCAAGGCGGUGAUGGAUCCCAACCAGAACGUGAAGUGCAAGAUCGUGGUGGUGGGGGACAGCCAGUGCGGGAAGACGGCGCUGCUCCACGUCUUUGCCAAGGACUGCUUCCCCGAGAGCUACGUCCCCACCGUGUUCGAGAACUACACGGCCAGCUUCGAGAUCGACACGCAGCGCAUCGAGCUCAGCCUCUGGGACACCUCGGGCUCUCCUUACUACGACAACGUCCGCCCGCUCUCCUACCCUGACUCCGACGCUGUCCUGAUCUGCUUUGACAUCAGUCGGCCAGAAACCCUGGACAGUGUCCUAAAAAAGUGGAAAGGGGAGAUCCAGGAGUUCUGCCCCAACACCAAGAUGCUGCUGGUGGGCUGCAAGUCGGACCUGCGCACCGAUGUCAGCACGCUGGUGGAGCUCUCCAACCACAGGCAGACCCCCGUGUCCUACGACCAGGGUGCAAAUAUGGCCAAACAGAUUGGAGCAGCCACAUACAUCGAAUGCUCAGCCUUACAGUCAGAAAACAGUGUCAGAGACAUUUUUCACGUCGCCACCCUGGCGUGUGUGAACAAAACAAACAAAAAUGUGAAACGAAACAAAUCUCAGAGGGCCACAAAGCGAAUUUCACACAUGCCUGGCAGGCCAGAACUGUCCACAGUGGCCACGGACUUGAGAAAGGACAAAGCCAAGAGUUGCACGGUGAUGUGAAGGAGCUGGGAUUUCCUGGAGGAGGAGGAGGAGGAGGAGGAAGAUCCAGGAGGGGUUGGAGCUCAAUGAAGUCACAGCCACAGGGUGUUUAAUGAGGGCUUUGCCAGUGCUUUCGUGGAGACUUCUCCUGCUGUGUGAGACUGUACUUAAGGACUGAGCAGCAGGAAGAAAAGGCUCUGAGAGAGAUGGCAUCAGGAAUUUCUGUUGAAGACAAUGCCAAAAAAAUAAUAAUAAUAAAAGGGAAAACGUUUGAAUGUGCUGAGAGAAGAGAGAAUGAUUGGGAAAAUAACCCUGCAAAGGAGAGAUGUGAUGGACAGUGCUUGUUUCUUUUAGUAACGCUCUGCUCCUGGAUGCUACCACUUUGAUUUCAUUCAAAUAAUACUUUAAUGGGAUAUUUUUUUUUAAUGAAGACGUUAUUAAUACGCCCUUCUCAUUAAGGAACUAUCCCCGUGACCUUAGAGUUGGUUUUCCAAAGGAUUUGAUCUCAUUUUUUUUUUAAGUAGCUGAUUGUGAAAAUGGAGAGGAUACCGAGGCCGUGUGUGUCACCGAGAGGAGAAUUUUGGAGUUUUGCCUUGCUGAUCCACGGCGGGGAUGAAGACAGCUGUUUGAGGAUUCCCAGAAUUCCCGUGGAAAUGAGAUGGAUGCGGUUUUGGGGGGAGGGGAGUGGGGGCAAAGCAGCCCUGCAGGGCUCUGACUCGGCUGUUCCUCUUUGUGGUUGUGAUGUGGAGUGGAGUUGGUGCCCAGUGCUGGUGUUCUGUGUGGCCUCGUUGCUGUAGGUUCAAGUGGGAGGUGCUGAGAGCUGUGAUGGCAAAUGGUUCGUGGUUUUCCAGCCCUGAUCGUUCCUUAAGCCUUACUGCCCACCUGGGGAAGCCCCAAAAACCCCCCUGGGCUUCUCCCAGGAGCUGGAGAGCCCAUGGAUCCCGCAGAAAGCUGCAGACAGAUGCUCUUCUGGGAUGUGGCUCACUGCAAAAAAACAAUAAUACCCCUCAAAAACCUGCAAAUGAGCCAGCAGAGCCUUUUGUGGUGCUCCUCAUUCUGGGGAGGAAAAGGGGUCUGAUGAAGAACUGUGAGGCCUUAAGGGGUCCCCAGUGGGAACUGGAUAUUGCCCUUAGUUUUAGGAUUAACCCAAAAGUAUCCAGCCCCCCAGUCCUGAAAUGGGGUGAACUGGUUCAGUCCAAUCCCUUUUUGCUGUUGUUACACUGAAUUAAAUCAGCCUUUUCCAAUGGUUUGCAACUCUUCCUGACUCACCAAACUUCUCCCAAAGGAAGGAGACAAAGCUCUGAGCAGGCUGGUUUUUGCUUGUGGAGGACAAGCAUUUCAUUCCCAAUGGUGAUGCUUCAUUUUUGAAGUGUUUAAAAGCUCUGUUCACUCGUGCAAAGGUAAAGAUGAACUCAUAAUUAAAUCUCAGUUCUGUGUGUUCCCAGCACUUUGUUUCAUCUGAGAAAAGAAGACAAAUCUCACUCCCAUUCUGGUUAUUUCCCACAAAAAAAAAAAAAAAAAAAAGACAUUUUUGACCACCAUAAUAAGCUUUUAACUGAUGCAACAGUGCUCUUAGGGCAGUAUUACAAAAUAGCUGGUAAGUGCUUCUUUCUGUAUUUAAAUAUUGUGGAAAAAUAAGUUAUAACUGUUAUAAAGCAGGACAUUCAUUACUUUUUUUUUUUAAUUGUUGAAGUCACUUUGUAUGUUUGGUUAAUGUUUCUGCAGUAUUUAUUAAAAUACCAUUUUUUUUCUUUGAAUUAAAAAA